CUAACACUGCAGAGCCUGCGUGGAUUCCUGAACUGCAGCAGUCCGUGUGUGCGCUGGCAUUCCGUUUGUGCGCCUCAGUUCGCCUGGAGACCAGCUGAAGCCAGCUUUGUCACCUUGCUGUAGUGGUGUGACCUGGGUCAGUUCGGUCCAUAUGACCUGCCGUGUACUGGGUGCUGCACCAUAAGCAGAGAUCCUACGUCAUAGUCAGCCUCUUUCCCCUGAAGUCCUCCUUGGAAGAGGUAAUCGUCCGGAAUCUGCAGAGGCCGACCCUGAUAUUCGGGAGAUAUUCGCCAAAAUGGUGAACUUCACUGUAGACCAGAUCCGGGCAAUCAUGGACAAGAAGUCCAACAUCAGGAACAUGUCCGUGAUUGCACACGUAGAUCAUGGAAAGUCAACCCUGACAGACUCUUUAGUGUGCAAAGCAGGAAUUAUUGCCUCUGCAAGGGCUGGGGAGACCAGAUUCACAGACACAAGGAAAGAUGAACAGGAAAGAUGCAUCACCAUUAAGUCAACAGCUAUUUCUCUGUACUAUGAGCUCAGUGACAAUGACUUGGCCUUCAUCAAACAGUGCAAAGAUGGCUCUGGUUUCCUCAUUAACCUGAUUGACUCUCCUGGUCACGUUGAUUUCUCCUCCGAAGUGACUGCUGCUCUGCGUGUCACUGAUGGUGCACUUGUAGUUGUAGAUUGUGUUUCAGGUGUGUGCGUGCAAACGGAGACGGUGCUGCGGCAGGCCAUCGCCGAGCGGAUCAAGCCCGUGCUGAUGAUGAACAAGAUGGACCGUGCCCUGCUGGAGCUGCAGCUGGAACCCGACGAGCUCUACCUGACCUUCCAGCGCAUCGUGGAGAACGUCAACGUCAUCAUCUCCACGUACGGAGAGGGGGAGAGUGGGCCCAUGGGCAACAUCAUGGUGGAUCCAGUCAUCGGCACAGUUGGUUUUGGAUCAGGACUUCACGGCUGGGCCUUUACCCUGAAGCAGUUUGCUGAGAUGUAUGUUGCCAAAUUCACCGCUAAAGGUGAGAAGGCACAGCUGCCCCCUAGCGAACGGGCCAAGAAAGUGGAGGACAUGAUGAAGAAGCUCUGGGGAGAAAAAUACUUUGAUCCUGCAGCAGGUAAAUUUAGCAAGACAGCCACCAAUGCUGAAGGAAAGAAACUGCCUCGCACUUUCUGCCAGCUUGUCUUAGAUCCCAUCUUCAAGGUCUUUGAUGCCAUCAUGAACUUCAAGAAAGAAGAAACAACAAAGAUGAUUGAGAAAUUGGAUAUCAAGUUGGAUUCAGAAGACAAAGAAAAGGAGGGUAAACCAUUGCUGAAGGCAGUGAUGCGGCGGUGGCUGCCUGCUGGAGAUGCCCUGCUCCAGAUGAUCACCAUUCACCUGCCCUCCCCAGUGACAGCUCAGAAGUACCGCUGUGAGCUGCUGUAUGAGGGCCCACCUGAUGAUGAGGCUGCCAUGGGUAUCAAGAACUGUGAUCCAAAGUCUCCUCUAAUGAUGUACAUCUCCAAGAUGGUACCCACCACUGACAAAGGCCGUUUUUACGCCUUUGGUCGGGUCUUCUCUGGUGUGGUGGCCACUGGCCAGAAGGUGCGCCUCAUGGGUCCAAACUACACACCUGGCAAAAAGGAAGAUCUGUAUAUAAAACCUAUCCAAAGAACAAUCCUGAUGAUGGGGCGUUAUGUGGAGCCCAUCGAGGAUGUGCCCUGUGGGAACAUUGUGGGCCUGGUGGGGGUCGACCAGUUCCUGGUGAAGACUGGCACCAUCUCCACUUUUGAGCAUGCUCACAACAUGCGUGUGAUGAAGUUCAGUGUCAGCCCCGUGGUGCGUGUCGCUGUGGAGGCCAAGAACCCGGCCGACCUGCCCAAACUGGUGGAGGGCCUCAAACGUCUUGCCAAGUCUGACCCCAUGGUUCAGUGUAUAAUUGAAGAGUCUGGGGAGCACAUUGUAGCUGGAGCUGGGGAGCUGCACUUGGAAAUUUGCCUUAAAGACUUAGAGGAAGAUCAUGCCUGCAUUCCCAUUAAGAAAUCUGAUCCUGUGGUGUCUUAUCGCGAAACAGUCAGCGAUGAGUCCAAUCAAGUCUGCCUGUCCAAGUCUCCCAACAAGCACAACCGUCUCUACAUGAAAGCUCGGCCCUUCCCAGAUGGGUUGGCUGAGGAUGUUGACAAAGGGGAUGUGACUGCGCGGCAGGAGCUGAAACAACGAGCCCGCUACCUGGCAGAGAAGUACGAGUGGGAUGUAGCUGAAGCACGCAAGAUCUGGUGCUUUGGGCCUGAUGGCACUGGGCCCAACAUCCUGGUGGACGUAACCAAGGGAGUGCAGUACCUGAAUGAAAUCAAGGACAGCGUUGUUGCUGGUUUUCAGUGGGCAACCAAGGAGGGUGCCCUCUGCGAGGAGAACAUGCGUGCUGUACGCUUUGACAUCCAUGAUGUCACUCUCCAUGCUGACGCCAUUCACCGCGGAGGGGGCCAGAUCAUCCCCACAGCCCGCAGAGUCCUGUACGCCUCAGUACUGACAGCACAGCCCAGGAUGAUGGAGCCCAUCUACCUGGUGGAAAUCCAGUGUCCAGAGCACGUAGUGGGCGGCAUCUAUGGUGUCCUAAACAGAAAAAGAGGUCAUGUAUUUGAAGAGUCUCAAGUUGCAGGAACACCAAUAUUUGUCGUUAAAGCUUACCUUCCUGUAAACGAAUCGUUCGGUUUUACAGCAGACCUGAGGUCCAAUACUGGUGGCCAGGCCUUCCCGCAGUGCGUCUUUGACCACUGGCAGAUCCUCCCAGGGGACCCCUUUGAUGACAACAGCCGUCCAAGUCAGGUUGUGGCAGAAACCCGCAAGCGCAAAGGCCUGAAAGAGGGAAUCCCUGCUCUGGACAACUUCCUUGAUAAACUUUAAUCCAUCACGAUGCUUCUGUGUUUUAGGCCAUGACCGCAUCUCAGAAGACAAGAAUAUACACUGCAGAGUAACAACGCAUUUCAAUAAAAUCAUUAAGGCUACAGCUUUGUUAAAACUAGUGUUUUGAAACCACAUUAAAACUAUGAAAUAAAAGUGUAAUUAUUGAAAGUCAUUUUGUACAACUGUUGAAAAAUGUUUCAGGAAUUUAACGCAUUCUAUAGUUAGCUUUCUGUUUUUAAAGCCAGACCACUUGACAAAAACUAGAUGUUAACUGAUGAUAAACUGCUCAAACAGGCCUAAAUUAAUUAGUGCAACAUGAACAGAAGAAGGGAUAAGUUCUAGCUUCAAAGUUCCCAAAGAGAUUUACUUUGAAAGCACAAUUUUUGUGCAAGGCAAUGGCCAAUUUUAAGAUGUUUGAUCCCUCCUAAGCUGGGUCUCUAUUGUCUAUAUUAAGAGAGACCCCCUCUUUAAUACCUUUGAAUUCAGUUGGUUGUCUUUCCAGUCAAUCUUAUGCGUUUGGUAGGCAGAUAUUCCCAAAUGUGCUUUUUGUAGAAAAACCUGCUCUUUGAAUACUUUUACGCAGCAGUCUCUUAAUUUACACAAAAUCCUUUUUUGGAUAUAAAGAGGGUGGGUAACUGGCCCAAGUGGCCAGAAACAUUCUUCUGUAUCAACCAAGUCUCUGUAGUGUGCUGAUAAAGCUCUAAGAUGGUAAAAGGGAUUUACAGUAGGAUUAUUUUAGAUAAAAGUUAUCCUGGAGCGUUCCAUGUAGAAUUUGAAGUUAUUAGUUCCGCAUGCAACAUAAAAAUUUCCAAUAUUGUGUAUAUAUUUUCCAACUCAUUGUUUUGAAAUGUUUUUUUGGGGAAGUUUGGGAAGUUUUGAAAAAUGUGUACGAUCUGUAACUACACAACUAUACUGCUCUAUAAUUUGACUACACAUGCUAUGAUUUAUCUUGAGCCACAUAUUAAAGCUUAGUGAAAUAUG